AUGGCAGCGAAAAGUGUGGCUUUACUGGCUGUAAAAGGCGCGAUAAGGGCGAUAUAUAAGGUACGAGGGUUGAUGAGGGAAGGGCGUGAGACUGAGAUGGGCAUCAAGGUUCUCAACUGCAUGUUUAGAAGGACGAUUAAGAGAUUUCUCAUGACAUCAGGAAGCGGGCCCACAAUCAAGCCUAACCGGGCUCUUACAGAAAAUUUGAGCAAAGAUGUGUGGUCGCUAACGAACGAGGCAGCCGCCACAGCUGCCAACAACUCGAAAAACAAAGGCCGUGAGCUUAUUAACUUGGGCCAAGGGUUUUUUUCGUACUCACCUCCGCAUUUCGCCAUUUCUGAGGUCCAAAAGGCGUUGGAAGACCCCAUGGUUAACCAAUAUGCGCCUACGAAGGGCAGAGUGUCACUUAUUAACUCGUUGAUCCAGUUAUAUUCGCCAUUUUACAAGACUCAGCUGCAGCCAAACAAUGUCCAGGUCACUACUGGCGCAAAUGAGGGCAUUCUUUCGUGUCUUGUGGGACUUGUCAACCCUGGAGAUGAAGUGAUCGUUUUUGAGCCCUUUUUCGAUCAAUAUAUUUCUAACAUUCGCAUUCCCGGAGGAAUUGUCAAAUACGUGCCGUUGCAUCCUCCGAAAGACCUGGAAAAACGUGUCACUUUUGGCACUGAAUGGACAGUCGAUUACGAUGAACUACGUGCGGCUAUUACCCCGAAGACCAAAGCUCUCAUUUUGAAUUCGCCUCACAAUCCCAUCGGUAAAGUCUUCACCAGAAACGAAUUGCUCCAGAUAGGUCAAAUUUGUGUGGAGAACAAUGUGUUUAUCAUUUCCGAUGAGGUAUAUGAAAACUUAUAUUUUACCAACGAGUUUACCAGAGUCGCGACUUUGACGCCAGAAAUCGGUCAAAUUACACUCACUAUCGGGUCUGCUGGUAAAACUUUUGCUGCUACUGGGUGGAGGAUCGGCUGGAUCGUCUCUUUGAACCCAGAUUUGUUGAAAUACGCUUCCAUGGCUCACACCAGAAUUUGUUUCUCUUCCCCUUCACCUUUCCAAGAGGCCUGUGCGAACUCACUGAUUUUGGCAACCGAAAAGGACUACUUCGAGACCAUGAGACAAGAAUACAUUCGUAAGUUCGAAAUCUUCACAAGCGUAUUCGACGAGUUGAGACUCCCAUACACUAAGCCGGAGGGCACCUAUUUCGUACUGGUGGACUUCUCCAAGGUCAAGAUCCCAGCCGAUUAUCCAUUCCCUGAAGAACUGAAAGAAAAGGCUAAAGAUUUCCGUAUAUCCUACUGGCUUAUCAACGAGCUUGGCGUUGUUGCCAUUCCACCCACCGAGUUUUACAUCAAAGAACAUGAGAAGGCUGCCGAGAACUUGCUCCGUUUCGCCGUUUGUAAGUCGGAUGACUACUUGCAAAAAGCCGUCGAGCGACUAAGGUUACUCAAGGACCAUUUAGACUGA